AGAGUCAACUGUCAAACCGAAGAAACCAAGAAACUUAAGUUCAACCGCUUCGUACCUCGUAUCUAUUUCAACUGCUAACCCCUACAAAACAAACGGAACUCUUCUUUGCUUGGGAGCUCAGCUCCAUGAGAAUCGGAGUUUGUUUCGUGAAAGAUUCAAGCAGCAAAAUCUUACAAAAUAGAUGCAAACAACUGUCAAAUCAUAGUGUCAAUUUAUAGUGUAGCAAACUGGGAUUAUCUCAAAACAUGAAAACAAAUCAAGUUCGGUUUCUGGGUCUGAUUCUAGUACUACUUGCAGUUGUUGUUUGCUCUCUUGCUGAUUCGAAGGAAAGUGCAGGCACUGGUUUAGAUCCGAAAUCGGAUGCUACCACUAAUGCUUCAAAAGAAGCAGGAGGGUCAAACUUAAAAUCCAAUUCAACUGAGGAUGAUAAAGGAAAGGGAAAGGGAGGUCAAGUUGAUAAAUCUAAGGAGGAUAAAGCUGAUGAUUUGAAUAAUAUUAAGAUGGAUAGCCAAUCUGGGUCCAAAGAUAAUGAAAAUGCGAAGGAGGAUAAGGGUAAUUCAAGUGAGGAAUUUCAAGCAAAGGAGGGUGAUCAUAAUAAAAAGAAGGGUUUGAGUGGUGGGGAAGAAUCCAAGGAUUUCCCUGAAGAGAAGAACGAUGAAAGGGAUACUCAAUCAAGGAAGGAGGGUCCUCAUGUUGAAGAAUGCGAUCCAUCUAAUAAGUGCACGGACGAGGAAAACAAGUUGGUUGCUUGUUUAAGAGUCCCGGGAAAUGAAUCUCCAGAUCUUUCACUGUUGAUUCAGAACAAGGGGAAAGGCCCGCUUAAUGUUACAAUUUCUGCUCCAGAUUUUGUUCACCUGGAGAAAACAAAGAUUCAACUCCAAGAAAAAGAUAACAAAAAGGUGAAGGUUUCCAUCACUGGUGGAGGAAGUGAAAACCUGAUUGUUUUGACGGCUGGUAAAGGUCAGUGCAAGCUUGAUAUAAAGGAUACGAUUGCCCACUAUUUGGGCAAGGAGCUUCACAAGUCCCACGAGUCUGCUGAUAUAAUAAACUCCAUGUCACGAACCUCCACCAUUGCUGUUUUAUCCUUUGCUGCACUGCUGAUCCUGGCAUCAGGUUGGAUGUGCAUCAGCUUCCGAAGGAAGCACCUUUCCUACAAUAACCCUCGAUAUCAGAGGCUAGAGAUGGAGCUGCCGGUGUCAGGUGGGGGGAAAACAGAGUCCAAAACUAAUGAUGGAUGGGAUAAUAAUUGGGGUGAUGAUUGGGAUGAUGAGGAGGCACCUAAGACGCCCUCGCUACCUGUUACUCCAAGCCUUUCAUCUAAAGGCCUUGCUUCGCGACGGUUGAGUAAGGAUGGGUGGAAAGAUUAGCUGCCUAGGUUGACGUAAACGUUUUACAGGGGAAAAUUCUUAGUUCAUGCAGUUUCUUUUCAUCAAUUUUUGUUUCCUGAUUUGUUCUUUGGCAACCUCUUCAUUUUCUUUUCCCCAGUGGACACACAAACUUCAAGAAAGUUACACGCCUGAUUGUUUAGUUUA